AUGCCUGUGAGGAACUCAUACCAUAUUAAAAUGGCAAAAUACUACUCUGUUUCUGUGGAUUUAGCAGAGGAUUCUUCUCAUACUGACCAACUCACCGUGAUUUUUCGAUACUUAGAAGAAAAUCGACCUGUGGAGCGUUUCGUUACUCCCUCAACAGGGCAUAAAGGAGAAGAAAUGGCAGAUGCGCUCCUAGCAUUUCUUAAUAGCGUUGGACUUACCAUACAAGAAUGCCGAGGACAAAGUUACAACAAUGCAAGCAACAUGUCUGGCCACUACAAGGGUAUGCAAGCAAGAAUUGUUAACAUGAAUAAAUAUGCUAAGAACAUACCUUGUUUUUGACACUCAUUAAAUCUUGUCGGAAAGGAUGCUGCAAAUUCGUGUAGUGAGGCUGUAAGAUUUUUCAAUUUUGUACAAGCUCUUUAUACAUUCUUUAGUGGUUCAACUGGGCGUUACAAGAAGCUUAAAGACCAGCUUGACGAGAAAGGCCUCUCUGUGUCCAUGCCAAAAAAAGCUAAGUGACACACGCUGGUCAUGUCGUGCAGAUGCUUGUCAAGCAUUAGUCCAUGGCUAUGACAAUAUAAUGGACAUUUCGUUUGAAUUUUCAACUGACAUUGAAGAAAAAUCUGAGUGCCGUAAUACCGCAAAGGGACUAUUUGAUCAGAUAAGCAAACCUGAGACGGGGAUUUUUGCAGAAUUCUGGAACACUGUUUUGCAGCGUUUCAACAGCAGCAGCAAAACUCUGCAGUCUGCUCAGCUGAACCUAAAUGCUGCUGUUGGUGUUUUGAAAUCGUUAAAAGAUUUUAUUAAUGAACAGCGUACUAAAUUUGAUGCAUUUGAAGAAGCUGGCAAGCGUCUAACAGAUACUGAGGAGUAUAUUGUGGAACACCGCCGUCUUCAACGUCCGAAUGUCCGUCAGCAGCCACUUGACUAUGGACACAGUGAAGAAGCUCAAUUAACGCCAAAGGAGGCCUUUUAUGCUAAGGCCUUUCUCCCAUGUGUUGACAAACUUUUAAUGUGUCUGGAACAUCGCCUAGGAACCGACAGUGAAGUGUGUGAUAUAUUUGGUUUCUUUAUAAACUUUCCAGCUAUGGACUCUGAAUCCAUUAACAUUGCAGCAGAAAAGUUGUCUGCUUUCUACAAGCAUAAUCUGGGCACAACAUUUGGUGAUGAACUAAUUCAAUUUCAGUCAUUCAUUUUUCUUUUCCUGGAUGAAAAACCAGACGAUUGCAGCAUAGAGCAAUUCAUGUACAGUACAAUUAAUGACAAGGAUGUAAGAGAUACUUUUCCCAACACGGAAAUUGCUUUAAAAAUCUACCUUACUUUAAUGAUCUCUAACAGUUCAGGUGAACGAUCUUUUAAAAAAAUGAAAUUGAUAAAAAAACUUACAACGCACAACCAUGAGCCAGAGCCGUCUCACCAAACUAUCUAUAAUGUCUGCUGA